CUGACGGCGCCGGCUGCGGGAAAGGGUAGGAGCGCACCAGCCGCGCUUGCCGCCCGGCAUGCUGCGUCUCCUGCUCCCAGUGGCCGGCCUGGCGACGCUGCUCAGGGCCGCGGCUUCGUUAACCCAAGGCAUCCCUUCAUAAUCACAUUAUUGCCUACUGGACAAUCCUACAGAGCAGAAGGGAAUGAUCAGGAAGCAAAGACGAUCUCUGUCAAACAACUGCCCCUUGAAGCAAAGGCUGCAGUGGCUGCAGGAGUGGUUUUCUUCUCCAUGAUGUUAUAGCAGAGCUAUCUAGCAGAACAACUGGAGCUCAAGAGGUGGUGUUGGCUUCUAAGGCUGCAGAUGGCACUGUUUGCUAACACUCUCAUGUUGAUAGGAUCUCUUCAUUUUUGGAGAAGCACAUUCACCAUGUUCUACAGGUCUUCAGCUUCCAGUUCCUUCUGUUUCAUGCCAUGGAAAAUAGCUGUGCUGAUGUUUCUAGCUUUGGCUCAUUCAAGCUUCUUUACGUUGCUAUUUCUUGUUGCGGAAGAGCCCUAUUUCUUUUCUUUAGCUGCCUACGCUUGCCUGGGGGCCUAUAUCAUUCCCAUCUUCUUCCUCUUUGCUCUAGGAUCUGUAGAACAGGCUUAUAAAUUCUUGGCUGGGAGAGGCGCUAAGGCAGGCAGCAGCAAUAAGAACAGCAGAACAGCCAUGAAGCCAGUUUUGGCAGUCAUGCUGACUGUUGGGCUGACUGUCAUCGGGCUUUUAAAUGCUUCCCAGCCUCCUGCUGUGAAUUCAGUGGAAAUUCCAGUUUGCAAGCUGCCCUCAACAAUGAACAAUCUGAAAGUGGUGUUACUUUCAGAUAUCCACCUGGGGCCUACAGUUGGGAAGACCAAGCUUGCAAUGAUUGUGCAAAUGGUUAAGGCUUUGAAACCAGAUACCACAGUGAUUGUCUGUGACCUGACUGACUCUGAGGUAGAGAUCAUACAACCAGCCGUUGAGCCUCUUGGAGAACUUAAUUCCACUCUGGAGACUGACUUUGUCACAGGAAACCAUAAGUACUACACUUUGGAUGUUGGCAACUGGUUUAAGCUGUUAAAAUCAUUUAACAUUCGGCCACUUCAUAAUGAGAAUGUGAAGAUUGUUUCACUAAAGAGCCCUGAUGAUUGGUUCUGCCUGGCUAGUGUUGAUGAUAUUGAGGCAGAUGUAUUGCACUACUCAGGGCAUGGCAUAGAUUUAAAAAAAGCUCUCAGAGCUUGUAGCAGCGAGCAUGCGAUUGUGCUGCUAGCUCAUCAGCCAGUUGCUGCAAAGUAGGCCCUUCAUGAGAGACCAGACAUAAAUUUAAUUCUCUCAGGCCAUACUCAUGGAGGGCAAAUGUUUCCACUGAAUGCUGGGGCUUAUUUUCUGAAGCCAUUCUUUGUUGGCUUGUACAAAGUUUGGCAGAACACCUUUGUCUACAUCAGCCCAGGGACGAUGUACUUUGAAAUACCCAUGAGGUUGGGCAGCAGAGCUGAAAUAACAGAGAUAAUUCUACACUCUCCUUGAGGAGUUUCCCAUUUGACAGACUUCUGCAAUCAUUUUUGGUCAGUAUAUUGGCUCUUCUGCUCGGAAAACAAAUCUUUUUCAGGGAAGUAAUAGAAAUGUGUCAGGAUGGACUACAGAAGGUUCUGAGUAGAGUCUGAGGAGGUCUGAGUCUGAGGAGAAAACUAAAUCUAUCUUAGGCAUAUGAAACAAAUGUUAAAAUACUGAAGAAAUUAACACUUAAAGUUCAUUAUUAUGGAGAUUCUGAAUUUAAAGAUAACACUGCCAUGGAGAUAAUGCAUGUACCGUGCAUGUUUAGUAAUACCUGUGUCCUGUGGCUAAUUCACGUUUCACUGUUUAUUACACAUGAGGCAGGUGCCUUAUCAAAUCUCAGACUGGUGAAGGUUCUGAUCUCUUGCAGUGAAAUCACAUGUGCAUAUUUUGCAGAAGGGACUAUGGAGUGUUCAGAGUAUCCAUUCCAAAAGUCUUACACCAGAAAAGUUACAGGAAAUGAACAGUUAUAUUUCUUUGAUUGAGGCUAGAUUUCUUUAGGAUGUCUUUACUUUAGGAUGUCUUUACUGCACUGCCGGUGUGCAGCAUGCGGUGGGGCACCAGGUCUGGGCUGCUUACCAGUAUUUUGAGGUGUUAGGCAGCAGUUCCUGAAAAGCAGUUUUUUCACAACUGAAAAGUUGGGUAAGCUGAUAGUAAAGGAUCAAAAUAGCUGCCUUUCUGCAGCUUUCUGAGGCGUUUUCCUCAGAAUAACUGGGCGUCUAGUAAUUACUGAAAGCAGCUCUAAUAAAAGUAAAUGAAAAAGAAA